AUGGAAGCCGUGGGGUUGGAUAUGAUUGUCUGGGAAAUGAUUGUCAAUGAGAUGACAGUGGGGUUUGGCUACUUCUUGGCUCUCUGUGCCCAUGAUAGUGACAGUGAGCCCAGCCAUGGAAACCACAAUGUUUUUGUUUGCUUGCUUGCUUUUUACCCUUUGCAGUACAUGGUUUGGUUAGCACAGGAUCCUGCUUUCUCAGCGGUGAUUCAUGACAAACUCCAGGUCCCCAAUACCAUCCGGAAGGCAUGGAAUGACAGAGACAACCGCUGUGACAUUUGUGCCACACACCUGAACCAACUGAAGCAGGAGGCCAUCCAGAUGGUGCUGACCUUGGAGCAGGCAGCUGGUAGUGAACACUACGAUGCCUCCCCUGGCUCACCCCCACCGCUCUCCAGCAUCCCUACCCUGGUGGGGUCUCGGCAUGUGGGUGGGCUCCAGCAGCCCAGGGAUUGGGCCUUUGUACCCGCCGCCUAUGCCACCUCCAACUACACAGGCUUUGUCAACAAGCAUAGCAGCAAACCCAACAGCCUUGGGGUCAGCAAUGGAGCAGAAAAGAAGAGUGGAUCCCCAACCCACCAAGCCAAGGUCAGCCUCCAGAUGGCCACCAGUCCCAGCAAUGGGAAUAUCCUCAACUCGGUGGCCAUCCAGGCUCAUCAGUACCUGGAUGGCACCUGGUCCCUGUCAAGAACCAAUGGGGUUACCUUGUACCCCUAUCAGAUCUCCCAGCUGAUGACAGAGAGUGGCCGGGAAGGACUGACAGAAGCUGCACUGACCCGCUACAAUGCAGACAAGCCCUCAGCCUGCAGCAUCCCAGCCUCUCAAGGCUCCUGUGUGGCCACUGAGACUUCCUCAGGCACCUCGGUGGCUGCUUCUUUCUUCGCACGAGCUGCCCAGAAGUUAAAUCUGUCUUCUAAAAAGAAAAAACAUCGACCUUCUACUUCUUCUGUCGCUGAGCCACCUCUCUUUGCCACCAGCUUCAGCGGAAUUCUGCAAACCUCUCCUCCCCCAGCCCCACCAUGUCUGCUGAGAGCUGUUAAUAAGGUGAAGGACACCCCGGGCCUGGGCAAGGUGAAAGUCAUGCUUCGCAUUUGUUCCACCUUGGCUCGAGAUACCUCAGAAUCUAGCUCUUUCUUAAAAGUAGACCCCCGGAAGAAGCAAAUCACCUUGUAUGAUCCUCUGAGUUGUGGAGGUCAAAAUGCCUUCCAGAAGAGAGGCAGCCAAGUUCCUCCUAAGAUGUUUGCCUUUGAUGCAGUUUUUCCACAAGAUGCUUCUCAGGCUGAAGUAUGUGCUGGGACUGUGGCAGAGGUGAUCCAGUCUGUGGUCAAUGGGGCAGACGGCUGUGUGUUCUGUUUCGGCCAUGCCAAGCUGGGAAAAUCCUAUACCAUGAUUGGAAAGGAUGAUUCCAUGCAGAACCUUGGCAUCAUUCCCUGUGCCAUCUCUUGGCUCUUCAAGCUGAUAAAUGAACGGAAAGAAAAGACCGGAGCCCGGUUCUCUGUUCGGAUCUCAGCUGUGGAGGUGUGGGGGAAAGAAGAGAACCUGCGAGACCUGCUGUCAGAGGUAGCGACAGGCAGCCUGCAGGACGGCCAGUCCCCAGGCGUGUACCUUUGCGAAGACCCCAUCUGUGGCACGCAGCUACAGAACCAGAGCGAGCUGCGGGCGCCCACUGCAGAGAAGGCAGCCUUCUUCCUAGACGCCGCCAUUGCCUCCCGCCGGAGCAACCAGCAGGACUGUGAUGAGGACGACCACCGCAACUCCCAUAUGCUCUUCACCCUGCACAUCUACCAGUACCGCAUGGAGAAGAGUGGGAAAGGGGGAAUGUCCGGAGGUCGCAGCCGCCUACAUCUCAUUGAUCUCGGCAGCUGUGUGAAAGCUCUUAGCAAAAAUCGGGAAGGAGGUUCAGGCCUGUGCCUCUCUCUGUCUGCUCUGGGCAAUGUCAUCCUGGCUCUUGUCAACGGCAGCAAACACAUCCCAUACAAGGAGAGCAAACUCACCAUGCUGCUGCGGGAGUCUCUGGGGAACAUGAACUGUCGCACCACCAUGAUCGCGCACAUAUCCGCCGCGGCCGGCAACUAUGCGGAAACCCUGUCCACCAUCCAAGUCGCCUCGAGGGUCUUGAGGAUGAAGAAGAAGAAGACAAAGUACACGUCGAGCUCCUCAGGGGGAGAGAGCUCCUGUGAAGAAGGUAGAAUGCGCAGGCCCACCCAGCUGAGACCCUUCCACACCAGGCCCACGGUGGACCCCGACUUCCCCAUCGCUCACCUCUCUAGCGACCCUGACUACUCCUCCAGCAGCGAGCAGUCCUGCGACACCGUCAUCUACAUCGGGCCCAAUGGCACGGCCCUCUCUGACAAGGAGCUCACUGACAACGAGGGCCCCCCAGACUUUGUCCCCAUCGUGCCAGCCCUGCAGAAGACCAGGGGUGACAGCCGGCCUGCGGAGGCAGGAGAGGCAGUGGCCAGCAAGUCAGAAAGGGACUGUUUGAAGUGCAACACAUUUGCUGAGCUGCAAGAGAGACUGGAUUGCAUUGAUGGCAGCGAAGAGCCCAGUAAGUUUCCUUUUGAAGAGCUGCCUGUUCCAUUUGGGGCCGAGCAGGCGAACAAAUGUCCCCCAUUAAGCCAAGCGGCUGGGGCAAACCCGCUCUCUGAGUCCGAUAAGGAAGAUAAUGGGUCAGACGGCCAGCUGACUGAGAGGGAAGGCGCAGACUCCCUGGCCUCCCAGAUGCAGAGAAAUCACUCCCCUGUGCCUGCCGCGGCUCUGGGCAGCAGUCCCAGCCCAGCCUCGCCCAGGAGCAUCCCAGGCAGCAGCAGCCAGCAUAGUGCCUCCCAGCUCGUGCAGAGCCCCAGCCUGCAGAGCAGCCGCGAGAGUCUGAACUCCUGCGGCUUUGUGGAAGGCAAGCCCAGGCCCAUGGGCUCCCCCCGGCUGGGCGUCGCCAGCUUAUCCAAGACCUCAGAGUACAAACCACCCAGCUCUCCUUCCCAGAGAUGCAAGGUCUACACCCAGAAGGGGGUCCUGCCCUCUCCUGCACCACUGCCUUCCUUGAGCAAGGAUUCUGGCAUCGUAUCAAGAGAAUCCUUGUUGCAGCCUGAGGUCCGUACCCCCCCAGUAGGAAUGAGCCCCCAGGUUUUGAAGAAAUCCAUGUCUGCUGGAAGUGAAGAGUUCCCAGAAGCCACUGUGGAUGAUGAGCAUCAGGCAGCAACUCCUCCAGAUUCCAAGAAGGAGAUCCUGAGCACCACCAUGGUGACGGUGCAGCAGCCACUGGAGCUGAAUGGGGAGGAUGAACUGGUGUUCACGCUGGUGGAGGAGCUGACCAUCAGCGGGGUCCUGGACAGUGGCCGCCCCACCAGCAUCAUCAGCUUCAACAGUGACUGCUCCGUGCAGGCCUUGGCCUCCGGCUCCCGGCCUGUCAGCAUCAUCAGCAGCGUCAGCGAGGACCUGGAGUGCUACUCCGGCAUGGCUCCUGUCUCCGAGGUCAGCAUCACACAGUUCUUGCCCCUGCCGAAGCUGAGCCUGGAUGAGAAGGCCCGCGAGGCGGGGAGCAGGCGUUCCUCCAUCAGCUCCUGGCUGAGCGAGAUGAGCGCGGGCAGUGACGGCGAGCAGUCCUGCCACAGUUUCAUAGCCCAGACAUGUUUUGGGCAUGGGGAAGCGAUGGCAGAACCUCCGGCCUCAGAGUUCAUCAGCAGCAUCCAGAACAGCACCGUGGUGUGCAGAGAGAAGCCCAAGGCGGGCCCUGACAACGUGCUCAUCUUGUCUGAGAUGGGGGAAGACGCUUUCAACAAAGCCACCCCCAUCAAAGGCUGCAAAAUAUCCACUCUGGGGAAGGCCAUGGUCACCAUCUCCAACACGGCCAACCUGGGCAGCUGCGAAGGGUACAUCCCCAUGAAAACCAACAUCACAGUUUACCCCUGUAUCGCCAUGAGUCCCCGGAACACCCAAGAGCCCGAGGUGUCUACUGCCACCUCCAAAGCAGCCCAGCCCCAGGAGAGUAAAGAAAUCAGUACAAAGAAAGAAAUGAAAUUUGAAGACCCCUGGCUAAAACGAGAAGAGGAGGUAAAAAAAGAAAAUGAUUUUCCCAGCGAAGAAAGGAUUAGGUGUGAGACCGCAACAGCCCCCACAAAGCCUGAAGCCAGACCAGAGCAAGACCAGGACAGAAAGCCCAGCCCUGGGGACAGGCUCAGCAGCAGCAGCGGGGAGGUAUCUGCCUCCCCCGUGACUGACAACUUCAAGAGGGUUGUGGACGGGUGUGAGAUGGCCUUGCCUGGGUUGGUGGCUCAGAGCCCGGUGUACCCCAACAAAAGCCUGAAGUCCAGCAGCCUCCCUCGGGCCUUUCAGAAAGCCAGCAGACAGGACGAGCUGGACAGCCUCUUCUACCACUGUGCUGUGGAGACCAACAUGUUGGGCACCGCCUCUGGUACCCAGCCCUCCAAGGCAACUCUGGAGAGGAAGGUGGCCUCACCCAAACACUGCGUCCUGGCUCGGCCCAAAGGGACUCCUCCCCUCCCUCCUGUCCGAAAGUCCAGCUUGGAUCAGAAGAACCGGGCCAGCCCCCAGCACAGCGCCAGCAGCAGCAGCACCAGCAGCCCUUUGAACCAACCUGCCACCUUCUUGGCCAGCUUCCCGGAUGAGCCCAGCAGCAAGAUGAAGGACGCCAGCAGCAGCAGCAAGCUCUUUAGUGCGAAGCUGGAGCAGCUGGCCAGCAGGACCAACUCCCUUGGCAGGACCACAGUCAGCCACUACGAAUGCCUCUCGCUGGAGAGGGCCGAGAGCCUGUCCUCCAUGAGCUCCCGCGUGCAUGCUGGCAAAGACAGCACCAUGCCCCGCACUGGCAGGAGCCUGGGCCGCAGCGCAGGGGCCUCGCCACCCGGCUCUGGCCCCUCUCAGUCGGCCGGCGCCUCGCCCAAGGCCAGCCAGUCUAAGAUCUCCGCCGUGGGCAAGCUCCUCCUCGCCAGCCCUAAAGCGCGGAACCUGUCCACCUCCACCACCAAAACCCUCAGCUUCUCCACCAAGUCGCUGCCGCAGUCGGUGGGCCAGAGCUCCAACCUGCCCCCCAGCGGGAAGCACAUGUCCUGGUCCACCCAGUCCCUCAGCAGAAGCCGAGGCUCGGGGCUGGCCUCCAAAUUGCCCCUGCGUGCUGUCAACGGGCGCAUCUCGGAGCUGCUGCAGGGCAGCGCCGGUGCCCGGGCCUUGCCUCUGCGGGCCGGACCGGAGGCGGAGGAGCGCGGUGGCCCCACCGAGGACAAGCCUCCGGCUGCUCUCCUGCUGCCCUCACCCUACAGCAAGAUCACCCCACCGAGGAAGCCCCACCGCUGCAGCAGCGGCCACGGCAGCGACAACAGCAGUGUGCUGAGCGGGGAGCUCCCGCCGGCCAUGGGGAAGACUGCCCUGUUCUACCACAGCGGUGGCAGCAGCGGCUACGAGAGCAUGAUGAGGGACAGCGAGGCCACCGGCAGCGCGUCCUCGGCCCAGGACUCCAUGAGCGAGAACAGCAGCUCUGUCAGCGGGAGGUGCCGCAGCCUCAAAACCCCCAAGAAACGCUCUAAUUCAGGUUCUCAGAGACGGAGGCUCAUCCCAGCGCUGUCCCUCGACACCUCCUCCCCUGUGAGAAAACCCGCCAAUAGUGCGGGGGUCCGCUGGGUGGACGGCCCCUUGCGGAGUGCCCAGCGGAGCCUUGGGGAACCUUUUGAGAUUAAAGUCUAUGAGAUUGAUGACGUGGAGCGCCUGCAGCGGCGACGAGGGGGCACUGGCAAGGAGGUCAUGUGCUUCAAUGCGAAGCUGAAAAUCCUGGAGCACCGCCAGCAGAGGAUCGCCGAGGUCCGCGCCAAGUACGAGUGGCUGAUGAAGGAGCUGGAGACAACCAAACAGUACCUGAUGCUGGAUCCCAACAAAUGGCUCAGUGAAUUCGACCUGGAGCAGGUUUUGGAACUGGACUCCCUGGAGUACUUGGAGGCGCUGGAGUGCGUGACGGAGAGGCUGGAGAGCCGUGUCAACUUCUGCAAGGCCCACCUCAUGAUGAUCACCUGCUUUGACAUCACCUCCAGGCGCCGAUAGAGCACAGACAUCCCACCCAUCCGUGCCCUCCCCAGGACUCCACAGAGAUACCGCACUCCCCCGGCCUCUGUGCUGGCGGCACUUGAAGACAACAGAACGAGAAUGAAGGUUGGUGGCAAGUCUGGAGUGAGCGUUGAGCAGAAAGCGAUUUUUUUCUUUUGUUUUCUGUAGGAAAGGUGCAAACACCAAACACAUGGAAGGAGAAAAUGAUGGGAAGCCCCGUGGGACUGAAAAAGCACUUUGAGGAACUUUAAGGAACUGUUUGUACAUAAGAACUGCUAGCAGAAGGGACCUCACUCUUCUCUUGCUUUCGUGAGAAAGGGGGAGGACGGAUGGAGGGUUGCUGUUGAAAGCAAAAACAAAACAACAGAAAAAGACCCAGAAUGACUGAUUAAGUGCCUUGCAAAUCUUUACAAUUAUCCAAACGUUCAUGUUCCUACUUUCUUGUGUACAGAUGGUGCUAGUCAAGAUGAAAACAACAAAACAAACAAAAAAGAAAAAUCAAACACAUUUUCAAAAUGUAUUUACAGCUCAUUUUCUCUUGGUGUUUUAUCCUAUUUCUGACUUGCUGUUUCUAAAGUUGUGUUUGUAGAGAUAUUUCCUAAUCAGUAUCGCAUAUGAAUAAAUGUUAACUGUCCUUAAUGGUUAUUCUGGUAAGGCCACUCAAGCAGAACACAGAGACUCCAUCGGCCCAAGCCAGUGUGCGUUUGCAAAGGAAGGUCGGAGCAGCCACCGGUGCACCAUGCCACCUCCCACAAGGAGUGACAGCAGGUGACUUGGCGUGUUGAUCAUAGAGCACGUGUAUAUGAGCUAUAGAGAACCAAGACAAGACAGGGCUUGCAAAUCCAAGUGAGAAAGAGCCUUCUCUGACCCAGGCCUCCCUUCUCCCUGUAGGUGGGCUGUUAGUACUGUGUACAGUCCCACUCUCCUGACCCACAAAUCCAGGUUCUCAUGGUCCUUAAAACAUUUUCAUAUUCACUUUUAUUCCAAAGACUCUGGACUGAGUCAUAUCUCUUUGUUUUCUAGUUUUGCAAAUUCAUUAAAGCAGAGGGGAAGGGGCUCCCAGUUUAGAGACCACAGGCUUGCAUGUGCUCAGAGACACCGACAGCAUUAGUUUAAAACAGGAUCCUUAGGAUUGUAUACUUUUCUGUUGUUCAGAAAACUGCCUAAAAACAAGACACUCAGCACGCCCAUGGCCCCAAGCCUCCACACCAACAAGGGAAAAAGCUUGUUCCCAUAAGCCUGGCGCCUGAAGUUAGAAGUUUCCCCUCCAUAAAUCCCAGAAUGCAUAUCUAAGAAUUUAGGACCUCAUUCUCAAGUGGCAACAAUUCCCCUCAGGAUUAUUACACCCAUUUUAGUGGUAGAUACCCAAGGCACAGAGUGACCAAGAGAUUUGCCUGGGAAUGCUUUGGGACAGCUGAGGCAGCACAGCUUCCAGGAUCCUCCCACUUCGGGGCAGGGCCCUGUUCAGGGCCUCUGGGGCCUUCCCACUGUCAGCUGUGCUCAGGGUCUGUGCAGAGCACUAUGCGUUUGUGUUCUCGAGGACAGCAUAGCUUUCUGAGCCUGUUUCCAGGUGAGGCUGACCCUGCUGACCAACUCCUCAGUCCCAACUGUUCUCCAAGGAAAAAGCACCUUUGCAUUUCUUGGUCCUAUGUCUGGAUGCAUGUAGCACAGCACAGCUGGCUCAACAGCCAGUGAGGCUCAACUGAACUCAGUCCGUGGGAACCGGGUCUGUGAGUGUCACGAUACCUGCUCUGUUACUUGUCAGAACAGGGCACAGGUGGCCCCGUUAGCGAGCUGGCUGGCUGGCUUUGUACACUCUGUAAGAGCCUGCGUCUAUGCAAAAGUGCUCACAGAAGAUACUCCCCAAUCUGCUAGUUGAGUGAACUGCUCUGGAAUGUCAUUGUCCCCUCUGUGCAUCCCCCAAGUUUGACAAGCACGUUGCCUUAGGAAGCUGGGCCUCCCCCAGCUCCUCAACCUUAACCCCAUUCUGCAGGACAGUCCAUGACUUUGGGCAGCCCCUGGCCUCACAGCAUGGGACUGCUAAUGGCAAUAUUCUUGGAAGUGUCUGAACCCAAAGGGAUACCAAUCCUUUGAGUUUGUCAUUUGGCCUCCCUGUUGGCUGGUUUGAAAUAGAUCACUUGAUGAACAGCUUUUAACUUGGGGAUGUCCAAAGUGACUCUUCCUUGUUUCUGGUUGGGGAGAAAUUCAUUUAAUUAGUAAUCAGUGAAUCUGGCUUUUGCCUCUACCACAUAGCCCACCCCACCCCUGAAGUCUUCAUGCUGCACUGACCCUAAGCAGGCUAAUGAUGGCGUCUGGUGCCUUUCCUGGAAUGAGACCAAGUGACAACAUUUACAGAGAUUUAAAACAGUCAGUGCAGCCUUUUCUAGAGGAGUGACCCAGAGGUUAGGCCUCCUGCCUAAACCUGCUUUUGUACAGGUGUAGUGGCUUGUGAUGUAACCCAAAGGCUGAACGAGGCACGAGUUACCAAGUCAGACGACUUGGUGGCUUCCCCAGGGGACAGGUCACAGACUAUCUCAUAGGAUCCUAAGAACAGCUUUGCGUGGGCGUAAUGGAUUCUCUUUUCUUUCUUGUUAUGCUUUUUGUUUGUUUGUUUAUCUAAGUGAGCUGCAAAGCUCUUAAUUUACCAACUGUUGAUAAAGCAGGUGAAGGAAUCACGCACUUUGUACUAUGCUGCACCUGUUCCUGGCGCACCUAUUAAUGACUGUGGAUGAUGGUCUUCAGGCACAAGGGAAGCAGGGGUGGUCAGCUCUUCUGAAGCUGUCCCCGAAAUGGAACACCUCCAACAGUGGCCAGAUGCGAGGCAGUUCCAGGGCCCCUUUUUGGUUUUGGUGACAGACAACCCAAGAAGGCAAGGGGAAUGUCAAAGAACCCACAUCUCGUUCAUUUUCCUCACAUGAAGGAACCAGAAAAAUGUUUACUGUAAGUGAAUAUGGAGACGCAUAGCCUUAUUUCUUUGUCUGAAACCUGUCUCCCGCUCCCUGAUCCAAAUAGCUUAGAGUGAGAUGAAGGCCUUAGCAGCCGUGCAAAAAUAAGAUCCAAAAAAGGAAUGUUGUUUCCCCAGGAGUAAAUCCAAUUGCAUUUCAUGACGGCGUUUCAUGCUUCGAGAGAGUGAUCGUUUGCUCUGUCCUCGGCUUUCAGUCCCCACCUGAGAGCUACAACCUUUGAUCUUCUUGUCCUUGAAUUCCCCUCCACAUGGGGAAGCUGCUCUAACUUUCAUCUUUUCCAGAUUUGAGAUCAGAACACCCCGCCUGUUGUUUUAUCUCCCAUUGCUAUUCUGAACAUGGGGAACUCCAGAUGCAAACGCAGAAGCAGGUCCCGUGUUGACACAGGUGGGAAUCACAUAAGGACCCCAAGUGGGGAGGAGGUUCCUCGCAUCAGAAGCUGGAUUAAAAAUCAUGUAGCCCAGCAUGGGGAAUUCGGCAGGCAGAAAUUUGGCACCACUAGUUGUAAAUUAGCCUUAUGCCUGAAGUCUCAUGGGGUCCUGUAGGGCAGCUGUGACCUGACUGCAGCCACAUCUGCCAUCCGGGCUGGUUCACGGUCUGACCCACACAGGAGUCUUUCACCUGCUGCAAAUUCUGUUCAGUUGUUGAGCAAGAAUUGCACUUGUGCCCUCUUGGGUGUGUUUCUCAUAUCCUUAUAAACCAACCUCUUUGGGCUUCAGAUUCUCAUGCUCAUCAUUACUUUUGGUUAAUCCAUAAGCCUUCAUUGCAAAUGUUAUACUGAAAGCAGCUGUCUGACCUUGCCUCCCUGCGAGGGAAAGCAAGGCUAUCGGGAGUCUGCAGAUGGUUCAGCGCACACCAGAUAGCCUAUGUCACUGGUCACCGCUGCUCUGUAGUUGAGCCUUCAGAAAUGAUAAUGGGUGAGUGUUUUGUAGGUUCCUUCUUCAACAAAGAUUUUUAGACUGUAAAUUAUUAAAGAUUAGUUCAUUUCAAAAUUGAAAACAGAAUUCAUGAAUUGACUCAUGCUUCUCUGCUAUAAUAUUAGCCCACUCUUUGAGCAUAUAUGAAAAAACAUUUCCUCACUUGUGGACCAGCCCAGGGCACAGUGGCGAAGGUGGCUGGAUCCCACAUGGCUCUGUGGUUCAAGUCCCAGACUCGGUUCCUAGA